AUGUUCGGCUGUUUCUUAUUAGGAAGUGCCCUGGCCUAUAAUGUGGUUAUGGUUAUCUAUCGACUCUAUUUCCACCCAUUGAAUAAAUUCCCUGGGCCUCGUCUGGCCGCUGCAACUGGUUUGUAUGAGAUAUAUUUCUCCGCCUGGGGACCAGGGAGUUUUGAGCAUGAGAUUGAUUUAAUGCAUCGACAAUAUGGCUCGGUGGUUCGCAUCACGCCCGACGAGGUUCACGUAUUAGACCCCGUCACCCAAUUGCAUGUCGACAGUUGGGUUAAAGGAACCGGGGCAAUAGAGUCUCAACCAGGGCGCGGAGUGCAGAAUUUCCAGAUCCAGCGAAGAUCGAUAUCGCGCGUAAGCUCAAUGCUCCGAGUGGAGAUCAACCGGAUCAUCAGUGGUCUAGUCGAGAAGCACCAUGUGCCCCGAGUAGUGGUUAGCACAAAAUUGCGGCCGAAAUUUCCCCGUGAGCCUAAAGUUCAGAUUGGAGACAGUGAUCUGGAACACGAAGGGUUUAAGCUUUCUUGA